GUGCGCGGAAGCCCCGCCCCUUUUCCCCUCCGCUGGUAGGCUGUGUCCGGUCGCUGUCAGAUUGGAAAAAUGCCACGCAAAAUCGAAGAAAUCAAAGAUUUCCUGCUUACAGCAAGGCGGAAGGAUGCAAAAUCCGUCAAGAUCAAGAAGAACAAGGACAAUGUGAAGUUCAAGGUGCGCUGCAGCAGGUACCUGUACACAUUGGUCAUCACAGACAAGGAGAAGGCAGAGAAGCUCAAGCAGUCCCUGCCACCCGGUCUGGCUGUUAAGGAGCUGAAGUAAACGUCUCACUUGUACAAAAUAUUGUAAUAAAAAUUGGGAAAAACCAGAAA